GACAAUUCGGCAUUUUCGGAUACGGUACUCAUAUCAUUUCCACUGCGUUUUAAUUCUAAAGUUGUUUUUUGUGUAAAAGAUAAACAAUGCCGAGAGAAAGCCGGCAAUAUCGCAAGAGGUCAAGAUCCAAAUCCCCCGAAGCUGAUGACAGCUCCAAGAAGAAACGAUCUCCAGAGAGAUCAAAGGAUAAGGACAAGGAGAGAGAAAGGAGGAGGUCACGUUCCAGGUCUAAGAGCAAAGACAGGUCACGGAGGUCACGCAGCAGAGAGAGAGAUCGUAGGUCUCGCAGCAAAGAGAAGGAGCGUAGGUCACGAAGCAGAGAGAGGGAGCGUAGGUCACGCAGCAGAGAGCGGGAGCGUAGAUCACGCAGCAGAGAGAGAGAACGUGAUAGGUCCAGAAGGUCAAGAUCCAGAUCCAGAGAAAGAGACAGGAGAAGAGAUAGAAGAAGUCCCCCUCGAAGAGACAGGGAUAGAGACAGAGAUAGAGACCGCGAUAGGGACCGAGACCGGAGAUCCAGGCGCUCAAGGAGCAGGGACAGGACCAGGAGACGGAGGUCCAGGUCUCGCUCCAGGAGUCCCAAGCGAAGCAAGAGAAGUCGGAGCAGGGGUCGGAGGUCACUGUCUGCCGAUCGAGCAUCUAGGUCUCGUUCGAGAUCUCCAAACAAGGACAGCAAAUCCAAAGGAUCAUCAUCGUCCGGUGUGAAAACGGAAACAGCGGUCAAGGUUGAGGGGAAGGUAGAGACGGAGGUGAAGAAGGAAGCGGAAGUAAAGCAAGAGGUCAAGGUCAAGGAAGAGAAGAAGGAUGAGAGUAAGGAGGUCAAGGAAGAGAAAGGAUUGGUUUUGGAGCAAAGACGACUGGAAGAGGAGAUGCAAAAGAGAAGAGAGCGAAUCGAGAGAUGGAGAAUGGAGAGGAAGAAGACGAUGGAAGCCGCUGCAGGACCCUCCAAGACCGAAGGGGAGGAGGAGAAGGUCGACGCCCCUCCUCAGAAGCCAGGCAAGAAGUGGAGUCUGGAGGAUGAUGAUGAUGCUGAUGACGAAGCAGAAGCAGAGGAUGAAUCCAAAGAAAGUAAGCCACCCCCUGGAAGUCUGGGUAAGGACGACGAGGAAAAGAUGGACGUCGACAAGAAGGAGGAUGAGAAGAAGACGGAGGAGGAUGACGACGAUGACAUCGACCCUCUGGAUGCGUUCAUGAUGGGUGUCCAAGCGGAGGUGAAGAAAAUUAGCAGUAAGGACAAGAAGCCCCCUCCACCGGUUGAGAAGGCUGUUAAAGCAAACAAUAAUGGAAAUGGUACAGGAGAGGCUCCUAAGUUCAGCAUAGUGACAGGAGUAGUGAAGAAGAAGAGUGUUCCGGUCCCCACACCGGUCGUCACCACACCCAGGAGGAAAGGGGAACUCAUGGAGAAUGAUCAAGAUGCCAUGGAGUAUUCCUCUGAGGAAGAAAAAGAGAGUAACCUGAUGGACACCAUGGCAGCCAUCGAGCAGAAGAAGAAGAAAGAAUUAGCCAAGGUAGAUCAUUCUAAGAUUGAAUAUCAACCCUUCAGGAAGGAUUUCUACAUAGAGGUACCGGAGCUUGCCCGUCUUACCCCAGAAGAGGUUGACAAGAGACGUUCUGACCUGGAAGGUGUCAGGGUCCGUGGUAAAAAUUGUCCUAAACCGGUAGACUCCUGGGUGCAGUGCGGCGUCUCCAAGAGAGUCCUCACAGUCCUCAAGAAGAAUAACUAUGAGAAGCCCACACCCAUCCAGUGCCAAGCCAUCCCGGCGAUCAUGUCGGGCCGCGACCUCAUCGGUAUCGCCAAGACCGGGAGCGGGAAGACGAUGGCGUUUCUAUUGCCUAUGUUCAGACACAUCAUGGACCAAGACCCUCUUGAGGGUGACGAUGGACCUGUCUCACUGAUAAUGACUCCUACCAGAGAACUAGCCAUGCAGAUUUUCAAGGAGUGCAAGAAGUUCACCAAGUCCAUGGGAUUGAGGGCAGUAUGUGUAUAUGGCGGUACAGGCAUCAGUGAACAGAUUGCCGAGCUAAAGCGUGGAGCGGAGAUCAUCGUCUGCACUCCAGGGAGAAUGAUAGACAUGCUUGGUGCUAAUAAUGGUCGCGUCACAAAUCUUCGUCGGUGUACCUACCUUGUCUUGGAUGAAGCUGAUAGAAUGUUUGACAUGGGAUUUGAACCACAGGUGAUGAAGAUUGUGGAGAACAUCCGUCCUGAUAGGCAGACAGUCUUGUUCUCUGCCACGUUUCCCCGUCAGAUGGAGGCACUGGCCAGGAAGAUCUUGACCAAGCCUAUUGAAGUCCAGGUCGGAGGUCGUAGUGUGGUGUGCUCCGAUGUCACCCAGCAUGCUUUGAUUCUUGAGGAGGAUCAGAAGUUCUUGAAGCUCCUGGAACUGUUGGGCUACUACGACGAAGGACAGAUCCUAGUCUUUGUGGAGAAGCAGGAAUCUGCAGAUCUUCUACUCAAAGACCUAAUGAAAGCAUCCUACCCCUGCCUUGCCUUACAUGGUGGUAUUGACCAGUAUGACAGAGAUUCCAUCAUUCAGGAUUUCAAAGCUGCUAAUGUGAAGAUCCUGGUUGCAACAUCGGUGGCAGCAAGAGGUCUGGAUGUGAAGAAACUUGUUCUUGUUGUCAACUAUGAUUGUCCUAAUCACUACGAGGAUUAUGUACACAGAGUCGGGCGCACAGGGAGAGCAGGAAACAAGGGAUUCUCCUACACCUUCCUGACCCCUGAACAGGCCAAGUAUGCAGGGGAUGUCAUCAAGGCCUUUGAGCUGAGUGGUUCCAAGGUACCUGGAGAGCUUACAGAGAUGUGGAGCUUCUACUGUAAUCAACAAAAAUCUGAAGGUAAAGAAGUGAUCAGGAACAGUGGUUUCAGUGGGAAAGGUUUCAAGUUUGAUGAUACCGAGAGAGAACUGGCCAAUGAGAAGAAGAAGCUUCAGAAGGCUGCUCUUGGUCUUCAAGAUUCCGAUGAUGAAGAUGCUGGCAUGGACAUUGACGAGAAGAUCGAAACCAUGUUUGCAUCGAAGCGACGCGUCAAGGACGUCACGGCCGACGAAAUGCCUAUCAUCCAGCAACCCCAAGCGAAUCCUGCCACACCCCAGCAACCGGGGGUGGUCCCGGGCGGUGCCGCGGCUGUACCCGCUGGGGCCAACCAGGCCAUGUUGAGCCUGGCUAAGCGGAUGGCAGCAAAGAUCAAUAAGAACCUGGAGAGCGAGAGGAACGUGGAUAUGAUACAGCAGGCUACCCAAGCGGUGAUGAAAGGCGCUACGCUUGGGCAACCUUCUGUAUCAGCAUUCACGAGGGCCGAGCAGCUUGCAGGUAAACUCAAUGCCAAACUCAACUACAUUCCAAAGAUUAACGAAGAAGAGAAAGAGGAGGAGCAACCCAAGCCAACCUUCAGGAAAUACGAGGAGGAACUGGAGAUCAAUGACUUCCCACAGACUGCCAGGUGGAAGGUCACAUCAAAGGAGAACCUUGCCCAGAUCCAAGACUACAGUGAAGCAGGGAUCACCAUCAGAGGCACCUACUUCCCACCAGGCAAGGAACCCAAGGAAGGAGAAGGAGAAAGAAAGCUCUAUCUGGCCAUCGAAAGUGUCAGUGAAAGAGCUGUUUCUAAGGCCAAGGCAGAGAUCACAAGAUUAGUCAAGGAUGAACUAGUCAGAUUGCAAAACUCAUAUCAACCUACCAACAAAGGAAGAUACAAGGUUCUUUGAGGUACAACUGGUCUCCAUCUACGUCGUCUUUUUCAGUGGAUAAUAAGAUCAUCCCCAAAACUGUGUAUUUCAUCCUAUUGCUAGCAAUGUCUUCAUUUCAUUCGAAGAAUCAGCAUUUCAUCUUGUCUCUGGCUGCUACUUUGUUUCAGAGGACAAUAAUUACUGGUCUUGCAGAGUAUUUCUCAAAUUGCCCAUUUUCAGUUCUGCUGAAGUGACUAUUUUGCAGUUAAGGAAUAACCCUUUAACAGUUUAAAAGACUUGUCCUUUACUUCUUAUGAAACAAACUCUGUUCUUAUUUGUAUUGGAAAAAAAUGAAUAAAUCAAUGAGUGAAAGACAUCAGAAUUGAGAAAAAAUAUAUAAGGAAUA